AUGCAUAGAUCCUACGCAGUACUUCUUCGCAACAAUGUGGCUCGUCUUUGUUAUAGACCGGGUUCUACCUUAUUCAUUCGAAAUUUUACCACCAGACACUCCUUAAGACAGAGCAAGCCGUGGUAUUUGGACAUAUCAGAGAAUAAGGAGGAAGAUUCAAAUUCUCCUUUCAUUAAACCCAUACGGUUUCCUCCUACAGAAAUUCCUGCUUCACUAGAAACCAUUUCAAAAUAUCUAAAUGAUAAGUUGGCAGUAACGGACAUUGUGGUUUUCGACACUGCCCACUCCAGUUCUGCCACUUCAAUUCAAAGCAUGGCUAGCUAUGUUUUAAUUGGUACUGUGAAAUCAUUUAGACACCUUCAAAACUGUAAUGAUGAGCUAAUAAAGUUUAUUAAAGAAACGUUUGAUGAAGUACCCAAAUCGGAAGGUUUGGUCACCAGUGGUAUACUAAGAAAGAGACAAAGGCGUCUAGGCAGGAAAACUAAUUUGGGCAAAAUAGCCAAGAUAGAGAAUGAUGAAAGUGGCUGGUGUUUGAUAGAUUCUAACGUUGAUGGGCUGUUUAUCAAUAUAAUGACUGAGGAAAGAAGAGAUGAUUUGAAUUUGGAGGAGUUGUAUUGUCGUGUUGAGGAGCUUGACCAGUACAAGAAGCAAAUCAAUUUAAACCCACCAGCGGAAGAAGAGGAUGAUGUUUUACUUGGAUUAAGAAAGUUGAUGAUGAAAAAUACGAAAAGAUACUAUUCUACCGUGGGAGAAUCUCCGAAACCAACGUUCUUGGAAGCUCUUACAAUCCAGGACCUAGAUUCCGCUUCAAAACUGAUAAAAGAAGAAAAAAAGCCUUACCAUGUUAUAGCAUCUGCUCUCGGACGUUUACCAAACCAUAUAGAACUUGAUGCCGAAAAUUGGAUAAAGCUAUUUAAUGAAGCCACACCAACCGAAGGUCCGUUAGACUAUGAGUACUGGGGUGCAAGGUUCAAGUUUUUCCAGUUACUUUACAUUUCCAAAAGAAAUAACAUAGAAGAAAAUACUCAGUUAGAUGCCAGUACAAUCAAAGAGUUUAACAGAGAACUAAACUAUUUCAUCAAUGAUUUUUUUAGGUUUAAGCAAUUGGCAUUAUGUCAGCCGACAAGAGAGGAGUUAAUUGGCUUUCUUGAAAUUUGCAUUCAACAUCUCAAACUUUCGAAAAGCUAUAACCAGCUGAUAAGUGUGAAUAUGUGGAUUCUCAAGGCCUUACAGUCAUAUCAAUAUAGUGAUCCUAAGGUUGUCCAUGAUCCCAGGGUCAUCAAACUUUUAGUUAAGUCAAUGCAUACCGAAAACACUAACCUUAACUCACUUUACGAGUAUGUCAAUCUCAUCACAAAUGAAUUUGAGGUAAGAUCAUUAACAAAUGACGUGAUAAAAGAAAUAAUAACGACUUUGGUAGAAAGUGAAAACUGGCCGACUUUGUUUAAAUUUUGGAAACAAUGCUUGUGUGAGAGUGCUGUCGAUAGUAACGUAUGGGAUUUCUUCAUAAAAUCAUUAUUAAACAAGAAUGACAAAGUCAUUUUAUCAGAUAUAGUGGAUAAUGGUCAUUUGUUAUGGAUUCAUAGAAGUAAAUUGGUGAUAAGUGAUGACUUAAAAGCGUCACUAUCGAAGUUACUUGACCGGGUGGAUGGUAGUCAUACCAAUAUUAAGAAGCUACUAAAGCUGUAA